UCAAAGGUCAGGCCGUACGGCGGCAGGACAGGCGCAGCAGAUGAGGGGAGGGUGGACAUGGCGUACCGUGUGGUGGCCGACCACGUGCGAACUUUGUCGGUGUGCAUCGCUGACGGCGUGUAUCCAGGCAUGUCAGGAGCAGAGUUGGUGCUGAGGAGGAUCCUGCGGCGGGCAGUUCGGUUCUGUGUCGAGGUCCUUCAGGCUCCUCCGGGAGCGCUGGCCAGCCUGGUUCCCACCGUCACACAUAUACUGGGUGACGUGUAUCCUGAGCUCCACAGGGAGGCCGACAGGAUUGUGGACGUCAUCAACGAGAACGAGGCUCAUUUCCUGUCAUCUCUGCAGCAGGGCAGCCGGCUGAUCCAACGCACGCUCAGCAGGAAGGACUACAAACAUGGAGUCUUCCCUGGUCAGUUUCUCCCAUCAGCCACCUGGACAGGAAGCAGGCGGCAAGAUUUUAGUUUUAUUUAACCAGGAACAGUCCGACUGAGAUUUAAAAACCUGUUUAUCAGGGAGUCGAGGCCGAGACAGCAGUGCCGCAAGUUUCACAAAAAAAACAACAAACGGAAAACACGAGUGAGAAACACUAAACACUAAAAC